CACGCUCACUCGCAGAGUCGCAGAGAGAUACGAAAAUGGAGGAUUCGGGGGCGAUCCUCUGUCACAUCUCAACCUUGAAGGACAUGCUUGACCAGGUGAACGAAGAAAUCGAGGCGAAUAUUCAGAUCACGCGAGAGAUCGAAUCGGAGAUCGUCAAAUGCUCUGAAAUCGAAAACGCUCUGGCCGCCAAAGAAUCGGACCUCACCAAGACCCUCUACGUCUCGCACUUUGAGCUCACGGGAUUGCUCACCGUCACCAAAGAUUUAAGGAAUUCGGUAGAGAUUAUGGAGAAGGAAUUGCGUCGUCUGAGAAUGAAGCGCGAUGAGACUCUUAAUAGAAUCCACGACCAGCGGGAAAGGUUUAUUGCAAUGUGCUUAGAAUUCCAGAAGGACAUUGACAAGGAGAAUGAUAAUGAACUAUGCAUUCUUCUGUCAGAAAAAGAGUUCCUUGAAAAUGAAAUUCAUAUCUUGGAAGAGAAGAACAAUGCUUUAAAGAAUUCAAUGCUGGCAUUUGUUGAAGGAAUUCUUGAAGAUCUUAUUAGUAGCAACUCUGCUUUACAAGUUGAGAUACAGAGUGGGAGUCAGGAGAACGAUAAACUGCUGAAGGAUAUUCAUAAUAUGAAAUCUUCAUUGCUUUCAACUAUUGCAAUUGAGGACAUCAGGGGUGCACAGUCGUGGACUGUACUGUAAGUUGAAGGUGUCCCUCUGUUUCUACCCAAAGAAAAGAAGAGUGAAGAAAGAGCCAUGGGAUUCCACUAGCUAGUGUUGUGGGAAAUAGAGAUGAAGAUGAAGAGUAGUGAUGAUACUGUUGAAGCCUCCAAGAGAAGGUUUUCAUGCAAAGGGUCGUGCGGGUUUCUCAAAGAAGGAAGAGGAAGGCUCUACAUAUUCAGAAGAUGUAUUGUUAUGCUUAUUUGCUGGCAUGAUUAGUAUGCAAAGCAUGGUGUUUGGAGCUACGAUCACCUCCAAACUCUUUCCUUUUUCAUUCCUUUUUCAUUUUUCAAUGUUAAUAUGGACUAUGUAUAGUAAUGAAAUGUCUGUAUUGACUUUCAUUUUGUCUCUCCUAAAUAGACAAUUUUGGUGAGGUCUUUGUCUUU